AUGCAUGCUGAAAAGCUCACCAGUUCUAGAAAAUGCUGUGGAACCCGAUGUCUUGGGGCUGGCAUAAGGGCUGCUGUACCUGUACGACGAAAGGAAACUGCACUUGCAGAGACUGACGAGGAACGUACGGAAGGCAGUGACGACGGUGAGGGUGAGGCGCCCGACAGUGACGACGCCAGUGGCGAAGAGGGGGUUGGAGGUCCUCAGAGGCACAGCCCCUACGGCGGUGGCGAGGAUGAGGCUGAGUCAGACGAUGACGAUGAUGACGAUAGGCCACGCAAGCGCAUAGCACGGAGCUUCGACGACAUCAGCGACCCAGACGACGACGAUGAGGAGCUGGACGGCAGCGAGGACGACGUAUCAGCGGACGGCAUUACCGCUGAACACGUCCUAAAAGCCUGGGAAAGCGAUGACCCGGAAGUCAACAGCUUCAAGGGCUUACCGCUCCGCUGCACUUGCUGCAACGUGUUGUUGCUCAACCGGGGCACCUACCUCAGCCACGUAGCGUCCAAGAGGCACCGCGGGCGGGUGAAGCAGCAGGCCCCGGGGGGAGAGGGACCCAUCCGGCUCGCCUCGGAGACCUCCAAGAAGCAGGAGGAGGAAGAGGAGACGCACGCGGAGCGGUUGGAGCGCAUUGCGAGGCACCUGGCCCUGGUGGCCGCCGCGGGGUCAUCCGGGGGGCCGGCAACCCUGACAGGUACCCGGGCGGCGGCGGGUGGCAAGGGCGCCCCGGGUCGGACUGGACCCUCGCGCCCGGGCCCUUCCUCUGACAGCGGCGGCGAGGAGGAGGAGGACGAGCACCGAGACGGGGGCGGUGGUCGAGUAGGGGCUCGCGGGCCGGCGACCAGUACGUCUGACGAUGACGACGAUGUCGAUGUUGACGGCGACAUGGACCUGCCGGGGUGGGGGGCGAGGGGCCCGGGGUGGGGCAGCGAAGACGGCGACGGCAGUGACGGAGGAGAUGAUGAUGAUGAUGAUGACGAUGAAGAUGAGGAAGAGGACGAUAUAGCCGGUGGCAGCCGGAGCAAGCGCGCAAAAGUCGCCGCAGCUGCAAAGCCGGCAGCACGGGCGGCGGCAGAGCCUCCGUCGGCACCAGCGCCCGGGGGUGGCGGCGGUGAAGGCGGCGGUGGUGGCGGCAAGCGCAAGCGGCUGGGCCGCAAGCUGGGCAAGCGAGAGCGGCAAGCCCUCAAGGCGGCUAUCGCUGCGGGGGAGGUGCCUGCGGGGACGAAGCCGGUUGUGGACAGGAGCAACAGCAAGAAGCGCAAAGGCACGGAUAAGGACAAACAGGGCGGUGGCGCAAGGCCCCAAGGCCAGGCUCCUCCUAGCAAGCAGCAGCUGCAGCAGCAGGAGCAACAAGGGGGGCUAGCUGCUGCCGCUGCUGCAGCAGCAGCAGGAAAGCGGUCGUUGGGUGGUGGCGGCAGGGAGGCGGCCGCACUCAAGAAGCAACAGCUGGUGGGGCCUCUGCCCGCAGCGGGACAGGAGGUGAAGGGGAAGGGCGGUAAGGAGCUCCCCACGCAGGCAGCAGCAGUAGCAGCAGCAGCAGGCGGGAAGGAUGGAGGUGCGGAGAGGAGGGCUGCGAAUCCGGCAAUUAAGUGCAGCAGCAAGCAGGGCUAUACGGCGGUAGCGGCUACUGCUGCGGGUGGUACGGCAAACGGUGCAGUGAGCGCCAAGGUCCCGGCUAAUAGACCAGCUGGCUGGUUGGGGGUCGGUGGGUCGAGGUUGGGUCGGAAGGAGAAGGCGGUGGACAAGUUUGGCGGUGUGAAGAAGGUCUGA